UCAGGAAUCCCGAAAUAUCCCCGCCCACCAGCGUGCGCAGAUGCGGACACUGAAGCUAGAGGUCAAGGCCGACUUUGUUCGAAUGCACAAGCUUGACAUUCCACAAACCUCGAAGACAAACUCUGCACAUUCUUCCAUUGGAGAGAACACCAAGCAGGUACCACAGAAGUCAUCCAAGUCUCGACACGGAUCUGCUGUUGAAGAUGCAGAGGAUGAGGCGCAAGACAAGUCAGCAAACUCAACUAAGCGUGAGCGUCCAAGGAGCCGAACCUUUACCUUCAACAGGAGUGACUCUCCUACAAAGAAGCAGAAGGGCGGCGAGUUGGGCGAACGAAAGACGUCGUCAAAGCCAGCUCCUAUCCCCAAAUCUCCCUCUAUGAGAUCUCUGAGGUCUAACGCUUCUGACCGAUCUGUGUCCAACGGAGCCAAAUCUGUCAAGGCCGACGAGUUCAUCUCCUACAUGAAGAAGACCCCCAAGCCACAGAACGUCGAGGUCGGCAAGCUGCACAAACUCCGCUUGUUGAUCCGUAACGAAACUGUCGACUGGGUUGACAACUUCAUCCAGGACGGUGGUAUGACUGAGCUAGUCGCACUCCUCCACCGGAUCAUGGAGGUUGAGUGGCGCGAAGACCACGAAGACACUCUUCUUCACGAACUCCUCCGCUGUCUCAAGGGACUCUGCACGACUGCUACCGCUCUCAAGCAGCUUAACGAGAUCUCAUCGACACUGUACCCAGCCUUGCUGGCUAUGCUUUUCGACGAAGAGCACAAAGGUCCGAGCGAGUUUACUACGCGUGAACUCAUUAUCGAGAUCAUCUUCGCUCACAUCUCCAUGGCACCAGAGGCUGAACUGGAGACUCGCGCUACCGAGUUGAUGAAGUAUCUCAAGGAUCCAGUCAAGGAGAAGCAGGCAUCCACUGUUCCGUUCAUUCUACAGAUGCACCAACCACGACCCUACCAAGUAUGGUGCAAAGAGAUGUCCAACGUCACCAAGGAGGUUUUCUGGAUCUUCAUCCAUCACCUCAACGUCAUCCCUGUUCCACCCAAGCCGACAGGAGACAGGUCUUACGCUAAGACUCACUUCCCCGGUCAACGCGCCAUUGUGCCCGCAGCUCCCUACGUUGGUGGUGUAGAAUGGGAUGCGACCAACUACCUCGCCACACACAUUGAUCUCCUCAACGGCAUCAUAGCUUCACUCCCCACCCGCUCAGCACGUAACGAAUUCCGCCAGGAACUCAAAGUCUCCGGCUUCGAGAAGCUGAUGGGUCACCUCCGCGCCUGCAACCCCAAGUACUAUGGCGCUGUUCACGACAGCGUCAAGGUCUGGAUCGGCGCUGCACUUGAAGACGAUUGGGACGUCAAGACUGUGCGUAUGGGCUCUGACGGCAACGUGAGCCCAGCCAAGCAAAGCCCCAAGAAGAAGACCGAGCCUCCGCCACAACUCCAGGCACCACCUAAGAUGGAUGUCGGCCUUGGUCUCGGAUUGGGCUUUGAGAGGGAGAUUGCGAUCGGCAGCAAGAGUAUCGUGGAUGACGAUUGGAUCUAAACUGUCGGAUCACUAUUCGACAUGGCUACCCAUCAUCUGUUACCGCUUUGAAUGCUCUCGACUAUCUACCCACUUGGAUACCACCUC